AUGUCGGCGCAAGUGUUUUUUUCGCCAUGUCGCACCGCCACGCUCACUCGCCGUCCUCUCGCCAGUAGUCCGUCGACAGCUCAUGACGUGCUAACACGUGGCGGAUUAACGCUUCUCGGCGAAUCGGCACGUGGUGUGCACCCAUGUGGUCAUGGCAGGUCAAGAGAGAACGCUCCUCUUCACCCCACGCCGCUUCGCUGCUCCCGUUCUCUCCAUCCGUUACCAUCUCCGUCUCACAUCAAGCUGUAUGCCAGGAGAUCGCACAGUUCGCACUCUCGGGAGGCCAUAUUCUGCGAAAGCUUGACGACGGGUAACCAGAGGGCCAGGGUUAGGGUUUUCACCCAGUCGCCGCAGAUACCUACCCGCGCGGCGCUCCAUGGCCGCCACAUUGCCGCCGCUGACUGGUCGAGUAGAAGGAGGACACGUGGCACCGACUGCUCCGCGGGUAACAUUAGCAGCAGAGGUGAAAGUGAGGGGGUAGACAGCAGUGGUCGACGGGGCAGCCAUCGGUGGCGCGUGCGCGUGGCAGCGGGCAGCGCGGGGGGUAGCCGCGGCUCAGACGGGGCCUCGCGCCCGUUGUCUGCUCCUGUGCCGCCGCCCGUUGUCCCCUCACCCGCAGCGGCGGCGGCGGCGGCGGCGGCGGCAGGGAGAGGGCAGCACGCCGCGGGCGCGGACAGGGACGAUGGCAGCGCAACUCCCGGGAGGGGUGCCGCCGCCGCGUUGAACCAGGCAGAAACCGCUUCGGAACCUCCGCCGCACGGGGGCAGUACAACAGGGGCGGGAAGAGAGGGCGCAGGCGCGAAUGCGCGCGCGGAGAGUCGGGACUGCAUCGCGGACGAAGCCGCGGAGGCAGGUCCGGAGAUGCGCGCGGAGGCGGAGGGCGGAAGCAGCGCGCGGUUCCGCGAGACGCUGCAGAUGGUGGAGACGGCGAUGCUGGCGGCGACGUCGGGGCUGGCGUUCUUCCUGGCGAACUCGCUCCGCGUGGAGGGCUACCUCGGGUUCUUCUUCCCGCUCCCCGCCGUCGUCGCCUCCAUGCGCUGGGGCGCCACCGCGGGCCUGCGCACCGCGAUAUCAGCAGCGUUUCUGCUGCUCGUCCUCGCAGGGCCCAUCAAAGCAAUCACCUUUCUUCUGCUGCACGGCUUCCUUGGCUCCACUCUCGGUCUCUGCUGGGGUCUCGGUCUGUCUUGGCCCAUCUCCAUCCUCGCCUGCACAUUCGUGCGGGCAGCAGGAGCAGUGUCCUUUGUGCUGCUCUCCUCGUGGCUCAUUCGAGAAAAUAUACUCAAACUGAUCCUCAUGAACGUGCAAGCGUCGCUCUCACACGUCUUUGCGGGCAUCAGUGCCAGCCUCGUGCCCUCCUUCUCCCUCAUCACCGUCAUCUUCACCACCCUCGUGCGUGCCCCUCUCACUCCCUCACCCCGACACCAAGUGCCGCAGCAGACUACGGCAUGGUCCUCGCUGUCUCGCUUCGUGGGGAUAAUUUGUCUGGUGGAUGCUCUUGCUUUGUCCUUCCCAUUCCCCGCCUGCUUUGGCUGGUCGCGCACUAUCUUCGCAUCGGCGGAGAAGCCUCAGCAGCAGCAGCAAUCCCAGCAGCAGUCGCAGGAUGAUAAGCAGAUGGUGCAGCACGAGGCGACGCCCAUGGCAGCGGAGAGGAGGGGCCAGAGGGAACUGACAUCCCGUGCUGUCGCUCCGAUUGGGGCCUUUUCAGACCUAUUCGACCCGUUCUUUCCGGCGAACCGCUCGCUGACGCAGCUUCUCGACUCCGUGGACCGCAUGUUCGACGACGCGCUCCUGCCGCCCAUGCCGCGCUUCCCCUCUCUCUUCCGCGCCACCUCGUCCCUCGGCGCCAGCAGCGCUGCCGCGCGCCCGGCUGUGGCGGUGAGGACGCCGUGGGACGUGCGCGAGACGGACGACGCCUUCCACAUCCGCCUCGACAUGCCAGGUCUGUCCAAGGAGGAGGUGUCGGUGAAGCUGGAGAAUGGCAGUCUGGUGAUUCGCGGAGAGCACAAGGUGGAGGAGAAGGGCGGAGAGGAGGGAGAGGGACUCUGGGAUGCGCGCAUCGCCAAGUCUUACCAGACUACUCUGGCCCUUCCGGACAACGUUCUCACGGAUCAGAUUAAGGCGGAGAUGAAGAAUGGUGUGCUCACUGUCACUAUGGCCAAGGAAACUCCGCCCGAGGCUGCUCCCUCUGCCAUCGAGAUCCCAGUUGCUUGA